GUUUCUGCACGUUUGCCUGUUUCAGCACGUCAGGCCUCCAUCGCCACGUGAAAAAGCACUCCGAGGAAAAGCCCCACCUCUGCCACUUGUGCCUUAAGGCUUUCCGGACCGUCUCCCUCUUGCGCAACCACGUGAACACGCACACAGGGACUAAGCCAUACAAGUGCAGCGAAUGCGACAUGGCCUUCGUGACCAGUGGCGAGCUUUCGCGGCACAGGCGGUACAAGCACACCCUCGAGAAGCCCUUCAAGUGCUCGUUCUGCAACUAUUGUAGUGUGGAGGCCAGCAAGUUGAAGCGUCACAUUCGCUCGCAUACAGGAGAGCGCCCGUACAACUGCACCCUCUGCACCUAUGCAAGCAGGGACACUUACAAGCUGAAGAGGCAUAUGGUCACUCACUCCGGUGAAAAACCCUUUGAGUGUCAGAUUUGCAAGGCCAGGUUCACUCAGGCUGGAACUCUGAAGUUCCACAUGUUGCACAAACACGAGGAAAAUGUGCCAAAAUACCAGUGUCCGCACUGUAACACGUCUGUGGCCAGAAAGGGUGAUUUAAGAAUCCACUUGCGAAACCUUCAUUCCUAUAUCGAAGUGCCGCUGAAGUGCAGUUACUGCGAAAACGUCUUCCACGAGCGCUAUGCUUUCAGACAGCACAAGAAGACCCACACAAAUGAGAAGAGAUUCAGAUGUGAUGUGUGCAGUUACGCAUGCAAGCAGCAACGCCAUAUGGUUAUUCACAAACGGACACAUACAGGCGAGAAGCCCUUCGUUUGCAUCUCUUGCAGCAAACGCUUUCGACAGAAACAGCUCAUGAUGGUCCAUUUCAAGAAGUACCACGACUCCAGUUUUCAGCCAAGAGUGUACAAAUGCCCGAAAUGUGACAAAGGCUAUUCUCGCUGGGUGAGUUGA